CAUUCUCAAAAAGCUGUAACCACCUAGUUCACUCGCCUGAAAUGAAAAUGUAUUUAUUGUAGAAAUAAAGAUUAUCUUAACUUUUUUUUUUUUUUUACAGAUAACAGAUCAAUACAGUAGUAGUGGUUUGAGCUCUAAGAUAAAUUGGUGAUGGCGUUAUUGACGUGCCUUUUAGGCCAAUUGGAAACCGCAGCGGACUCUUCAAGGCGGGCCCAUGUGUGUCUUUUUCAAUACUUUCCCGUCCAUUUCAUACGGUCGCUGCUACCAACCUUAUUAACUGGGACAACAUGGCUAUGGCAGGCCGUUAUUACGAAGGCGGCAGGGCAACGAAAAGACUAAAAACCAACGACGGAAUGACAACGGAGGGCUAUGAUGACCCACAUAAGACCCUUCCUUCACCAGUUGUGCAUGUGCGUGGCUUGGUGGACGGCAUUACGGAGGCUGACCUUGUGGAGGCUCUGCAGGAGUUUGGAGCUAUUAGCUAUGUGGUGGUUAUGCCCAAGAAGCGUCAAGCCCUGGUUGAGUACGAGGAUCUGAAUGGGUCGUGUACUGCUGUGACGUAUGCCAAUGACAACCAGAUCUACAUUUCCGGGCACCCAGCCUUUGUCAACUACUCCACCAGCCAGAAGAUCUCCCGGCCAGGCGACCCGGACGAUUCUAGAAGUGUCAACAAUGUGCUACUUCUCACCAUCAUGAACCCAAUCUACCCCGUUACCACGGAUGUGCUCUACACGGUCUGCAAUAACUGCGGCCCUGUCCAGAGGAUUGUCAUCUUCCGGAAGAAUGGUGUUCAGGCCAUGGUGGAGUUUGAUUCGGUGCAGAGUGCACAGAGGGCGAAGGCCUCCCUCAACGGGGCAGACAUCUACUCUGGCUGCUGCACCCUGAAGAUCGAAUAUGCCAAGCCAACUCGUCUCAAUGUGUUCAAGAAUGACCAGGACACUUGGGACUACACCAACCCCAACCUGAGUGGUCAAGAUGCAGAAGCUGAUGGCAAUGGGAGCAAUGCUGGAGAAGAUGGGAGUGCCAACCCCAACAAGCGUGUGAGAGCGCCGGCUCUGCUGGGAGACCACCCUCCAGAGUACGCUGGUGGUUACCAUGGAUAUGAUGAAAGCGGUUAUGGUGCCCCGCCCCCCCCACACUACAGCGAGGGCCGUCGCAUGGGUCCUCCCAUGAGGGGGCGAGGGGGGGCACACAGCUACGGUGGGGGACCUGGCUACGGCCCUCCCCCUCCACCCCCUGGCGAGUACAGUGCCCACGCAGACUCUCCUGUAGUCAUGGUCUACGGUCUGGAGCCUGCCAAGAUGAAUGCAGAUAAGGUGUUCAACGUUUUCUGUCUCUAUGGCAAUGUGGAGCGGGUGAAGUUUAUGAAGAGUAAGCCAGGAGCAGCCAUGGUGGAGAUGGGAGACUGUUACGCUGUGGAUCGGGCCAUCACUCACCUCAACAACAACUUCCUGUUUGGACAGAAGCUCAACGUCUGUGUGUCUAAGCAGCAGGCCAUCAUGCCCGGUCAGUCUUACGAGCUGGAGGACGGCAGCACCAGCUUUAAGGAUUUCCACGGCUCCCGCAACAACCGCUUCACCUCCCCAGAACAGGCUGCCAAGAACCGCAUUCAGCACCCCAGCAGCGUCCUGCACUUCUUCAACGCCCAGCCAGACUCGUCUGUAGAGAUUUUCACUCAGAUCUGUGAAGAGGUUUCUGUCAAAGUCCCUGCAAACAUCAAACUUUUCACAGGAAAGAGUGCAGGUCCAGGUGAACGCAGCUCUUCAGGGCUGUUGGAGUGGGAGUCGAUCAACGACGCCAUGGAGGCCUUGUCCAUGAUAAACCACUACCAGAUGAAGAACGCAACUGGGCCGUACCCAUACACCCUCAAGCUGUGCUUUUCCACCGCUCAGCAUGCAACCUAAACAGCCACCACAAUCAUGGACAAUGUUCCACAUCAAACCAUCGUCCCAACAGUCUUCACCCCUAUUUUGACCAUGUCUGUUUUAGGCAGUUAAUGAGUUUGUCCGCAGUCAUAUCGGUUUGUCCUUGAUAUUGAGCUCAUAAAAGCGAGUUGUGUGAACUGGUAAAGUAGGUUGUUUUUAUUCCUGAUGGAUGAAAUAUGUAAAGGCUUUUGUAUAAGUAUUGUUUUGCAUAUUUUAUUACUCCGUGUGUUUGUUGUUGUAUCUCUUCCUGCUCAGUACCAUGCCUCUACAAGUCUGUAUUUUGAGGAAGGAGUGUUUUAUUUGGUUGGAAAACAUCAAUUUCAAGAAAUGUAUCUUUUGAGAGCCCUCAAUAAAGGAACUUUAUUCCA